GUGCUCAGUUGAACCGCGCACUCCGGCGGUCAAGGUCUCCAGUCCAAGCCACGGGAAUAAAAAAAAACAAAAAGCGCGCGCGCGGUCUGUCAAAAUAAGGUUUUUCAAUAACCCAAUUUCUUGACUAAUUUUUUUUAUGGUUUAAAAAACGUUUCGUUUGGUUUCAAAACGGGAGUCUUCUACAAAAGUAGAAAUAACUGUUAAAUCCUGUGCUGGAUAAUGAGUUCGCAGUGAACUGUGCAAGUUUUCGUCUUGGCCGCCGCUUAACAGGACCGGCUAAACCCCAUCCACAAUCCGGCAAAAAGAUGUCGACUCGAUCGUAGCUUCCAAUUUUGAAAUUCAAAAAACAAAACCAUCAUGGGUCCGCCAAUCACGUGGCCGCACAGCCACCCCCGGCUGACCAUAGAGCAGGAGAGAGAAAAAGAAAAAUACAUAGCGCAGAAUCACAAGGACAUAAGUGAAAUUUUCCAUAGGCGAAGUUUUUUAGAAAAUAUUUUGUUUAACUGUCGCGGAGUGUAUUUGAAUUUGACUGUGGCGUUAAUUUUAGUUCAAGUGUUGUUAAAUUUGAGUGUUGUGGUGGCUGGACCGGUUUUGCUUAGCCCGGAAUAUAAUCGAGGUCCCGUGACGUUAGCUAGGAAUAUAAGACACUUGCCAUGCAUAUCCAGGCGGACGGGUGCCGAGGGAGUCUGUAUGUUCGCCAUCGACUGCCUGAAGGCCAACGGCUCCCACCUAGGCACCUGCAUCGACCGCUUCUACUUCGGCUCGUGCUGCCAGAUCCAGGACAAGACCAUCCUGCCGCAGAUCAUCGGAAACAACAUCGAGGACAACACGAUAGAUAGCUCCAACUUCGUGCAUCCUCAUACUGAAGAUAAAGUCAAUGUCAAUAAGAUACCUGAGGUAUUCCCGAUCAGGAAGACUACAGUUGAAGAUGUUGUUAGAACUACGACUGAGAAAGUUGAAACGGCGUCGUUCAAAACGGAAACGACAGUUGAAAUGGAAUCGAAAACAGAUACGCUGACGACUUUGGAUAAUAAGAUUGCCAGUGAUGAAAUGAAAACUACGGCUGUAGUAAACGAUUUGCCGGAUGACGAAGCUGUAAAGGCAACAUCGAAAUUACCUUCCAGUAUCAGUACAGAAAUUCCCAUAAAAUUGAGCACAUUCCAAACAGUGUCCGGAGAAUCAAAUAACUUGAUAACAGACAAACCAGUCAGUAAAGAACCUGAGGAAAUCUCCACCGAAGCACCUAAAAUAACAACAACAAGUGCUGUCUCUUCAGAAACCGAAUCAGUAUCAACCUCUACAGCUAAACCUACGACUACAAAGAAACCAGCCAGGCCUACGUACAAACCUAGACCACCGUACAGACCAUCAAACACAACACGACCACAAUUUUCGACCACCAGACCUGGGAAUGCUACCGUUAGGCCAAAACCACCAAGUGUCUUCAACACAACACGGAAACCUCCUUACAGGCCGCCUCCCAAGCGUCCUACGAGCACCAAAAAGCCCUUGCCAAGCCCUCCACGGUUGAAUAUCACAAUCUUACCCCAAUUGACGAGCUCCAGACCAAUAUUCACCAGGCCAUCCGCAACGACAACAAUAACUUACAUAAACACUUCAACAUCAACAACGGAAGAAACUACAACAGUUACUUCAACCACAACGCCGUCUACUACAACUACAAGUACAACUACAACGCCAGAACCAACAACUACAUCUGAGAAGGCAGCAACGGAACCAUCUUCAGCGGAAACCUUGGCUUCCGAAGCUCCUUUGACGGAGAAAAUUGAGCCAAUGCCGACUACUAUACAAGAACAACCAAUGACAACGCUUGAAGAGGUCAAACUUACAACUGUAGCUUCUACUUCCACUGAGGCAGUCACAGUAAAAGAGACUCUAAAGCCGAGUACAGAGGCAGAUGCUCCAGCAGUGAAGCCGGAGGUGGUUAGCUCUUCAUCCACUGAGUUCCCGCCUGGCCUGGUCACGUGGUCUAACAUGGUGGAUACAGUGACGAAAGCGCCGCAAGCUUCUCCCGAGGCCAAUGCGACUGAAUCUGAUGAAAUAUGGUCUCCAAUCACACCCCCUGAAGGCUGGAUCCUCAUAUCCACCAUCCCACCGAGACGUGAGCCUUCAUCCACCACCACCACUGAACCACCGCCUACCACCCCAUCUUCAUCACCUAUGCCUUCAUCAUCAUCAUCAGAACCUGUCGUCGAACAAACGUCAACUUCUACCACCGAAGAAACAUUACCUGAAGAAACAAUUGUGCCAUCUCCAGAACCCACCACUGUCAUACUAUCUUCAUCAUCACCGACAACACUUUCUUCAUCAUCAUCUACAUCAACAACUGAGUCGAUAACCAACGAAAUAACGGGAUCGACAGAAGAAUCAAACGAAACGAACUCUUCGACGGAAGACUUCCUUACAAACGAUACAGUACCGCCAACCGAAGAAAACACAGACAAAACAACAUUCAUAACCUCUCAAGGCACCACAGACCAAGCUGAAACGGUCACAGAGUCGCAAAUGACAGAAACGGUGACCAUGCAAGAAUUUACGAUAAACGUCACUAUCAACCCGACGACUGUAGCGCCGGUGACAGCUGUCAGUUUGACAGAUAAUGUGACGGAGGUUUCGGCGGGAAACGUCAGCGAGGUCACCACGGAGGCGGGCAAGGUGAAUGCCACCAUGGAGGCUGCAAGCGAGGGGAGUAAUGUAACAUCACCAGCACCGCCUACCCUCAACGCUACCACAGUGUCACCAACCGAAGGGUUGAACAUGUCCGACUAUAAAGAUGUUUGCGGGCGGCGGCUGUGGCCUGAAGCCAGGAUCGUCGGGGGCGCCAAGUCGGGCUUCGGGCGGUGGCCCUGGCAGAUCUCGCUGAGGCAGUGGCGGACCUCCACUUACCUGCACAAGUGUGGAGCAGCCUUAUUGAAUGAAAACUGGGCUAUUACCGCCGCGCAUUGCGUUGAACACGUCCCCCCCUCCGAGCUGCUGGUCAGGCUCGGCGAGCACGACCUGGCGAACGAGUCAGAGCCGUACGGGUUCGCCGAACGACGCGUGCAGAUAGUGGCGAGCCAUCCCCACUUCGACCCGGCGACGUUCGAGUAUGAUCUCGCGUUAUUAAGGUUCUACGAGCCAGUGAACUUCCAGCCCAACAUCCUGCCGGUGUGCGUGCCGGAUACAGACGAGGACUACGUGGGCAAGGUGGCGUAUGUCACCGGCUGGGGACGCCUGUACGACGAGGGUCCCCUGCCCAGCGUCCUGCAAGAGGUAGAAGUGCCAGUCAUCAACAACACAGCAUGUGAAGCGAUGUACCAAGCGGCCGGGUAUAACGAGCACAUACCCAACAUAUUCAUCUGUGCCGGGCUGCGGCGCGGCGGCGCUGACAGUUGUGAAGGCGACUCCGGCGGCCCGAUGGUGGUGCAGCGCGACCGCGACCGGCGCUUCGUGCUCGGCGGCGUCAUCUCGUGGGGCAUCGGCUGCGCGGAGCCCAACCAGCCCGGCGUCUACACGCGCAUCUCCGAGUUCCGCGACUGGAUCAACCAGAUACUGCAGUUUUAGAUGAUUGGGUCAAA